AUGACUCAGGUUAUACACUUUCUUCUAGUAUUUUUUCUACUCGGGAAAUUAUUCGCUGUCGAUGAGGAGAACAAUAAAUGUGGUUUGAAACCUUAUGAAGCAAAGGGUGAUCCAGGCGAAGGUUCGAAUUCUUAUGUUAUUGAGAUUAAUGGAACUUCGGAGAAGACUUUAGAUAUAUCCCAAGGAUUUCUUCCUGGGGAAACAUACACAGGUAAGAAUUGAGAAUGAUUGAGAAAACUUUUCAAUUUUUGCCAGUAUCGCUGCGCGGUUGGCGUAAUCAAUACACCGUGAAAACCUUCCGUGGUUUUGUUGUGACGUCACUCUUCGAAGACGACGUCAAAACAUCGGCCGGCGCUUGGCAAGUUGUCAAAGGUCAUGGUGACGCCCGAAUCGCACCAGGAUGUCGUAGAGCCGGUGUAUCUCACGCGAAUCUACGCUCCAAAACAUCGGUUCAUAUGUUAUGGAAAGCGCCAGAAGUUAUGACAACUGGUUGUGUGAUAUUUCAAGCAUCAGUUAUUGAAACAAAAUAUGUGUGGUUUACCGAGGCCGAUGGAUUAACUUUCAAAUUCUGUGCGAAGAAAGGUGCCGAAGUUCUGAAACCUGUGGAUGAUGUUGGAGCAACUUGUUGUGCUUGUGAUGUAGCUCAAUAUGAGUUAGAGUUCACAGGAAUUUGGAGUAAAGAAACACACCCAAAGGAUUAUCCAACAUGUGAGUUCCAUAAUUCAAGAAAAUCGAUUUUUAAAAAUUUCAGUGCUUCACUUGACCCAUUUCACUGAUAUGCUCGGUUCAUCACAUUCUGCAAAUUACUCGCUUUGGAAGAUCGGUGGAACUUCCACGGAUGGAAUGAAAGAGAUCGCUGAAUGGGGAAACACGUACAAAGCAGAAGCUGAGGCCAAAGCUCAAGCAUCCGAAGUUCGAAGUCUGAUGAAGGUCAAAGGAUUGUGGUAUCCCGAAGUUCAAGGUGUCACCAAAUCCCAAUUCAUCGUCAACAAAUAUCAUCAUUUCGUAUCGCUUGCCACAAUGUUCGGGCCAUCGCCAGAUUGGUGUGUUGGACUAUCAGCCGUCAAUUUGUGUCUACCAGAUUGCUCGUGGGCAGAGGAGCGGGUUUUCGAGUUACAACCUUUUGAUGCUGGAACCGAUUCGGGGCCAACUUAUAUGAGCCCAAACUCUCCGACAGAGCCUAGAGAACCGAUUCAUUGGAUAACUACUAAAUUGAACCCGUUGAGCCCAUUCUACAAUGAGAAAAGUGAAACAAUACCAACGAUGGCGAGAGUUGUAUUACGGAGAAAAAAUGUGAGUAAAUAAUAAAAAAAAAUAAAUAACGAGACUCCACUUGCCUGUUGUUUAUCUAUGCCAUAAUUUUUUAAAUACAGGUAACUUCCUCAACCUGCCGAACAGAUUCCGAAUACAAAGCCGAGGCUCACAACAUCACAAACACUAGUGAAGAUGAAGAAUAUGCGGAUAGACGAGAAUGUAUGAUGACACAAUGGGAACCUUGGAGUUUAUGCUCUGCCACUUGCGGAAAAGGAAUCCGAAUCAGAAGUCGUGUAUACGUCUUUCCAAUCAAGGCACAAGUUUUCCAUUGUCAUCGACAAACUUCGGAAAAACAAUUCUGUAACGCGAAAAUCAAUGAGUGCGCUGAUUCAGAAGCGUUCAGUACAAAAUGUCAAGUAUCCUCCUGGGGAUCUUGGGGAGCGUGCAGUGUUGAAUGCGGUCACGGAACUCGAUCGCGCAACAGAACUUUCCUCUCGCCAUCAGCAACACCCGAAGAUUGUAGUCAAGUCGAACUAUCUAAAACUGAUACUUGUGUUGGUGAAAAUGGUGAAGAUUGUGCAGUUCAGCCAGAUCCACUGUGUAAAACUACAUCCUGGUCAGAUUGGUCGCCUUGCUCGGCUUCUUGCGACGAAGGAGUUCGCGUCCGAACUCGAUUGUUCUUUUUCGCCGAGCAUGAGAAACGUUGUCUACAUGUGAAGCUACAAGAGAAGGAUGUUUGUAGUGUUCAGAGUUGUCAACGAUUUAUUGAGAUUAAUUCGGAAGGUGGGUUCUGCAGAGUUCCGAAGAUCCUAAUUUACUAUUAUUAAAAUAAGUUGGCUCCAAAAAUUAAUACGAAAAUUUAAAAAAAAAUUGAUAACUUAUCAUCACAAACCAACAGUGAACUGGUAACUUUUGGUUUCCAGGAGAUUUGUUUUUGAUAAGAAUAAAUUGAAAAUGUAGAACCAAAUCAUUCCAGAGAUCUGCCAAGAGGACAAGCAACCAGGACAAUGCGCAGGAAUGUUCCCGCGCUAUUGGUACAACUCGGAAAAAUCGCAAUGCGAACGCUUCAUCUUCACCGGCUGUAAAGGAAACCGCAAUCAAUUCGAAACCGAAGAGGAAUGCAAACAAAUUUGUCUGCCGGGAUAUGAGAAAAUGAAUAAGGCCCUUGUGCCGAAUCAACAACUUCUUGAAGAAUUCGUCGACGGAAAUGCGAUUGACGAUGGUGGAGAUCGAGUGGAUUGCGAGGUUAGCAAGUGGACAGCUUGGGGUGCUUGUUCGGUGAGUUGUGGAAGAGGGAAGAAGGCGAGAACUCGUCAAAUUGUGAAAUUGCCAAGGAAUGGUGGAACUCGGUGUUCGGAGCAUAUGAUUCAAGAGCUACAGUGUAGAUUGAGACCUUGUCGUGAGUUUUUCGAUAUUUGGAAAAAACUGGGGGUGCAGCUCUAUUGUCGAAGUUUAAAAAUGUGGCUGGAGUAAAAAAUAAAAACCAGUACAGCUUUGCGGCUAUGCGUCGCGGUCGUACGAGAGAUGACGGGAGUCUGACGUCAUCUGAGACAGAGAAAGACUUUGAGAUAUUUUCGAGAAAAUAUGUGUCCCUUUGAAAAAAUACAGUAUUUUGUUUCAAGGAACACAUGUUUUGUUGAAAAUAUCUCGAAGUGAAAUUCAUUUUCGGGAUACAUUCUCAAAAUACUGUCGUCUAGCGUCUGACUCAAUGGGCGCCCAACCGCGACGCAAACCCGCACGCGACCAACGAAGUGGUUUUACUUUUUUCCGGCAGCCAGCAGCUCCAGAAGAUCCCAUCUACUCAACAAAAAUCAAAUUUCAGCCGUCAAAUUAGCGUGCCAAGUCGGCCCAUGGUCACGCUGGUCAACGUGUUCAGUAUCCUGUGGCGAAGGUGUACAAACCAGAAAGCGACGCGUCAUCCGAGCACGAAAUGAUGAUUGGGAGGAGAUUGAGUGCGCGGAAAGUGAGAUGGAUUCGAGAAGAUGUACGGGACGACAUCAGUGUCGAUUUUAA